UGCGUAUUACCACGUUGGAAAACAAACUCCUGGGGUCAAAGUAGAACUUUUGAAGAGCAACAUUUUGUAAGCUUAAAUUAAAGUUGAACUUUAGGUAGUGAGUCCAGUGACUGAAAUUUGUUAUAGUUUAUCAAGUUCUCUUGCUUAUUUCGGAAGAGCACUUAACUAACGGUUUUUGAGUAUGCUCCACAACACGGGAAAGCUUGCAGGCUGCACCCUGUUUGUUACAGGGGCCAGCCGGGGGAUUGGGAAAGCCAUUGCAUUGAAAGCUGCCAGAGAUGGUGCCAAUGUGGUGAUUGCAGCCAAGACAGCUGAAGCCCAUCCCAAACUCCCAGGGACCAUCUACACAACUGCUGUAGAAAUUGAAGCAGUUGGUGGAAAAGCUCUGCCCUGUAUUGUGGAUGUUAGAGAUGAGAAUCAGGUUGGUGAUGCAGUCAAGCAAGCAGUGAAGACCUUUGGAGGAAUUGACAUCUUGGUAAACAAUGCUAGUGCCAUAAAUUUGACUGGAACUCAGGAAACACCUAUGAAGAAAGUAGAUCUCAUGAUGGCUAUCAACCUCAGAGGAACUUACCUGACGUCAAAGUUAUGUAUCCCGCACCUUCUAAAGAGCAAAAACCCUCACAUCCUGAAUAUAAGUCCACCACUCAAUCUGAACCCUACAUGGUUUAAGAAUCACACAGCAUACACUAUAGCAAAAUAUGGAAUGUCUAUGUGUGUGCUGGGAAUGGCAGAAGAAUUCAGAGGAUCUAUCGCUGUUAAUGCUUUGUGGCCAAAAACAGCCAUCCAUACAGCUGCCAUGGAUAUGCUUGGAGGCUCUGAUAUUGGUAAACAAUGCAGAAAAGUUGAGAUUAUGGCAGAUGCAGCCUAUUCCAUCUUCAGUAAACCCAGCAACUACACUGGGAACUUUUUGAUUGAUGAGGACAUACUGAGGAAAGAAGGAAUCAGCGACUUUGACGUAUAUGCCAUUGCUCCAGGACAUCCACUGCUUCCUGACUUUUUUCUGGAUGAAGAACCAGAAAACAUCGUGACGAAAACGCAAGACCAGGGUGCAGCCCCUGUCGUACAGUCAGGAGAAAACAGUGCGGAGAUUGCAAAUAAUGGACCAGUUGCUGAAACCUUUGAAAUUAUCCAAGGAGUUCUCAAUCCAGAACUUGUUAAAACAACACAGGGAGUGUACAGAUUUAACCUCACUGGAGAGAAUGCAGGGUCCUGGUACAUUGACCUGAAGAAUGAUGCUGGAAGUGCAGGUAGUGGGGAUCCACCAAAACCCGAUGUGGUAAUGACCAUGGACAGUGCUGAUUUUGUGAAGAUGUUCAAAGGUGACUUGAAACCAACCAUAGCAUUCAUGAGUGGCAAGCUGAAGAUUAAAGGAGACAUGGCCCUUGCCAUCAAGCUGGAGAAAAUGAUGUCCAUGAUGAAGUCCAAGCUAUGAAGUGUGAACCAUACAUAAAUUGUGUGCAAACAUUAUCACUUUGUGAUUGAAAAAUCACACAUAGAUACGGUGAAAUUUUAGAGAGAUUUAAUGUUGAGAUAUGCAAUAUACUGAGUUCACAACAAAUGUGUCUGAAACUACAACAUACCUUUGUGAUGACUAAUAAAUGGAAAAAUCUAAAUGAACAGGAAAAAACCUUCAAUAUCAAUUAUACACACAAAAAAACUAUACUAUUUGCAUUACACAGUUCAGGAGCAAUGUCAUUCAAGAUAAAUUCAUAUCAAUGAAGUACACAAAAUACACUGUGUUAAUUUUAACUGGAAGCUCAGUUUUACUUUGAAAUAGUUACCCAAGAAGUAGUCUGUCCCAUUUUCAGAAAACUGCAACAUGUGACCUAACGAAGUAGAAAACAGAGGAAGAGAAAGAAAUACUGA